AUGGCUGCCGCGUACCAGAACCAGUCGCAGCCCAUCUUCCCUGACAGCUAUGUCGGUUUCGACAGCAUCACCAAGCAGAUUGAGCGCAAGUCAAUCAAGCGGGGCUUCCAGUUCAACGUCAUCUGUGUUGGCCAGACGGGUCUGGGCAAGUCGACCCUCAUCAACACGCUCUUCGCCUCGCACCUUAUGGACAGCAAGGGCCGCUUCCAGCCCGACGAGGAGGUCCGCAGCACUACCACCAUCCACCCCGUCUCACACAUCAUCGAGGAAAACGGCGUGCGUCUCCGCCUCAACAUCGUCGACACCCCCGGCUACGGCGACUUGAUCAACAACGAACGCUGCUGGGACCCCAUUGUCAAGUACAUCAAGGACCAGCACAGCGCCUACCUCCGCAAGGAGCUCACCGCUCAGCGUGAGAGGUACCUCCAGGACACGCGUAUCCACUGCUGCUUGUUCUUCAUCCAGCCAUCUGGUCACGCCCUGAAGCCCAUUGACAUUGUUGUCCUCAAGAAGCUGAGCGAGUUUGUCAACGUCGUGCCCGUCAUUGCCAAGAGUGACAGCUUGACGCUGGAGGAGCGUGCCGAGUUCAAGCACAGGAUAAAGGAGGAGUUCCAGUUCCACAACCUGCGCAUGUACCCCUACGACAACGAGGAGGAUGACAGCGAGGAAGUCCAGGCAAAGCAGGCCAUCAAGGAGCUCUUGCCCUUUGCCGUUGUCGGUUCCGAGAGGACUGUUGUUGUUAAUGGCAAGAACGUCCGUGGCCGCCAGAACAAGUGGGGUAUUAUCAAUGUCGAGGACGAGAACCACUGCGAAUUCGUAUACCUCCGCAACUUCCUUACCCGCACCCACUUGCAAGACCUGAUCGAGACGACCGCACAAAUCCACUACGAAUCGUUCCGUGCUAAGCAGCUGCUUGCGCUCAAGGAGAGCAGUGCCCACGGAGGCCACUCCUCGCGCCCCAUCUCACCUGCCGCUGAUCGCGAGCUUAGCAGGAGCAGCCAGCGCAUGACCAUGAACGGGUACUAG